CAGGCGAUGCGAUCGCCUCGGUGAACCCUCCCUCGCGAACGUUCCUCGUAAACGUAUUCUCGAUGGUGCGUUGUACGUUUUCUUUUUCCUCGUUUUAGGUCGCGGAAAUUGUACGAAUCGCGUAAAGUCUGUCCAUCGCGUUGGCCGUUGAUUCGAGAUUGACUUUCGCGUAUCCGUUUUUCGAUCGUCUCGAUUUCCUGAAAUACAUAUGACAUUCUUGGCGAGGAGCGAUUUGUCGCUUCCAUCGACGACGAUCGAGACGUGGUCUCCGUCAGAAAUUUUCCUCCCUUGCUUUCCAUUCCUCGACGGAGACAGCCAUGCUGCUCACGGGACUGUCCAAGUUUCGUCCGCGUUUUACGUUUUCGAGACGUACACGUGUACAGAACGUUCUCGCGCUGGUCCGUGCACUUUGAAAGUUCGUUCUGAUAAUCCUCGAAACGUUCGCUGCAAGAAACUUUAUUUCUGUCGUAAAACAUCGUUGCCCAGCGCAGAUUUGCCAUUUGAUAAACCGUGACGCAAUCUUCGUGCGAUCGGAAAUUUUGAUUAAAUCGUCGAUUGAAUUUCUUGACAAACAUCUACAAUUCUGCAAAAAUCUAUGUCGUCGAUAUGCGAACUGUUGUGGAUGUCAUUACGGCAUUGGAAAAGACGACAAUCACUAAAGAAGUGUUGGAGAUUACAAGGCUUGGAAAACACAUCAAUGAGCUUCGUCGAAAGACAAGUAAUGAAACCUUGGCCAAGCGUGCAAAGGAUUUGGUACGACACUGGCGAGACAUGGUUUUACCAUCGGUGCAUUCUACACCACAGCCCACCCUGGCUGAUACUGCACCGCCAGCUCUCAAUGGCGCAAAGGAAGUAGCCUUGAGGAACUUCAAACCACAGAGUCCUGCGUUACGAGGAUUACUUAAGCCUCACAGUCCUUUAUUAAAAGAUGCCACUCCUCUCAGAGUACUCAGUCCGGCGCUAUCCAUGCACAGCGAUCAUUCGCGAUCUCCCAACGCAUCAACAAAUAGCAAACAGUCAAUUACACCGACCAGCAAUCACAGGAUAAGUUCCUGCUCGAGGAAUGCCUCGCCAGUGCUCAGUUCCUCGAGCCAGAAUCACACAAUAGAAGCAGUACCGCGUACACACAGUUCUAAUAAACGGUUACGGAAAGAGGAAAGCGGUAAGGAGCAACAUCAAUGCUAUCAAUCGCCACACGGAAUUGAGCCGAUGGUAGAGCAAGUCCCUGCCAAAAAUCAACGGCUCAAUGGCGAGAAUAUAAGUGGUAAUUUAAAUUCGCAAGUGCCUAGCCCCACGCUGAAGGAACGAAUCUCCUCCUCUUUUACGGAGACCGAUUCUCUUGAGGUAACGGACGAUAAUCCAGGUCCGAAGAAACGCGGCCGAAAAAAGGGCAGCAAGUCGGCGAAGCGACAACCGUUCCUUGAGGACAGCGUGAAAAAGAAGCUGGCCAGUAUCUCAAGGACUCCAAAAUUGAAGACCACGCAGGAGAUAGUGGCUCAGCUGCAAGCGGGUCGAAGCAACUGUAGCCCCGGUAAUACGAAUGCCCUACCUAGUCAAAGCGUCGUGGAACCACCUAAUACGGAGGACGUUCUGCGAAGCAGCAGCAACGAUCAAGUGUCUAAAUAUUGUUCGAGCCAAAAUCUUCACAGGAGUCUUGCCUCCUCGGAAACGUCAUCCACUGGUAAAACACAGACGACACGAUUCGCAGAAAACUGGCCCGAGGCAUGCCAAGACCGAUUGCGCGAAGACGAUAAAUCUACAGGCAUCGAUCAGUCAUCGACGUGUCGGUCACCGUCGCAUCGAGAUCUCACGGUCGAAGAGAUACUGGCCAAGUUACCGCCCUUAGAUCCCAGUUCGAUAGACUGGGGUGAAGAUGAAGAACAGAACUAUAUCGAAUGUUCACCACCACCACGGAAUGCUACCGCCGAAGAUCUUGAAAGGUUACAUACGCAAAGUAUCGAAGGACUUAAUGGCAACUUUCAGCUCUCAUCAAUGACCGCUUGUCGUUCCGAUGGUGACGAGCACUCGAACGCCAGAGACGAAGAAAAUAAAGUGUCGUCUGGACUAUCGAACGUGGAUAGCGUAAAAAGUGUGCAUAACAACCAGACUGAUAGUGCGGAAUUUCGGGAGUGGCAUCAGAUGCUGGCAAGGUCCAGUUACCAGGGCGAGAUCCUCAACAUAAUGCCUUAUGUUAUUAUCGAUUAGUGAUUUUAUCAUCGUAUUCUCUAUUAUUAUUCUUCCCCUGAAAAAAAAAGAAAGAAUUGUGAAGAGAAUUUACAGAUGAUUAAAAACGACCGAUCGGUCAAAAAUCAAUCGGUCGGUUGAUUUAUUAAAAUUAACAAUUUCUAUAAUUGCGGUUUUUGAGAUUGUGCUGUUUAUUUCUAUUUACGCCGAAGCGUCUAUACCGCCAUUCUUCCCCUGUCAUUAUCAUUCCCCCGUUGUUAUAUAGUUAUUAUCUCGCUGAUCGAACAUGUGCAACCGCGCGCGGCGAGUGGCCAUUCUUCGUAUCGUCAUCAUCGUUAUCAA